AUGACUACCCCUCAGUUCUGGUCUACCCCCCUCCGGUACCUCCGCUGGGCCUCCCACGAGAAGCCCGCUAUCUUUUACUCCCUCGUCAUCGGCGCAACCGGCCCCGUCAUGCUGGUUUCUCUUCCCCCGAUCCGCCGCUUCUUCGGAGAUGUAGACCCAGAGCCUAUCCCAUUGACAUAUCCUAUUCCGCAAGGACCCCGAGUCAUCCCGCAGGGCUACGAUGACGAGUAA